AUGUAUAUUAUUUUGAUAUUGUUGUAAUUUGUUAAAUCAAAGGAAAUAAUAAACUUGGAGAUUGAUAAAUCAUAUAAAUAUUAUGGAGAGGUGCCAAACUCAUGGCUCCAUUAUCCAGUCUAUCAUUAUAAAUUAGAGGUUCCACAAGAUAGAGAAGUCUUUGUUUUUUUAGCAACAUUAAAUGAUGCUCGUCCAUAAUAUUAGUUAUACAUGAGUUAAAAGGAAAUUAAGUAAGUAUUUAUUUAGUAUUUAAGACAGGUCCAUAAUGCUUAAGAAUGCAAAUUUGAAAAUUUAAUUGUUUGUCAAAUAAAAUCAUAGCAACACAUAUCAAAGAUAACAUAUUACUUUGUAGUGCUCUGUCUAUUUAAUUGUCACUAUGAACUAAAAAUAAUGACCAUGAAUACUUUUGUCGAAGGAGUGAUGAUCAUGAAAUAAGAAAAAGAAAAACCAUUUAAACUAAAUUUAGCUAAUAUUUAAUACGAUAGACUUUGUCUUAAGCUCAUUCAUUUCCUUAAGUUUAUUUCUUUUAAUAUUUACAUAAACAUGAACGAAACAAUUCCUACUACAUCAGAAUUUGAUAUUGAAUAAUUAUUUCUCAAAGAAGGACUUGUGUGUUUACAGAGAAAUUACACUUAUCCUUAAAGUGUAAUGACGGCAUUCAUUAAUUAGGAAGGUUACUUUCUCAUUCUUCUUAACCCCUUUUAAAAAUUCCAUGAAAUCAGUUUAAAUCAACAAUGGAAUGAUCAAAUACUUAGGGGUAAUGUAAAUUAUUAUAAAUUGAUUAUCAAAGAUUUCAAAGAACAUAUGUUGAUGUUUUAUGUGAACUGUAAAACUCAUUCAGUUUUCAUUUACGUGUAACCCUGCAUCGAAGACAGAUGUAAACGUGAUUAUUUGGAUUUUGAUUGGCAAUACUAAUUCGAUAAAGAGUAGUAUAAUUAUUAUACUAUUCCUACAUAUAAAAUGAUUUACACAGAAGUCUAUUUGAUCUCAAUCAAUACAAAGGAUGAGAUGGUAGAGUACGAAUUAGAAGUGAAAAUAAGUGACAACCCAAGGUAGAUGCUUAUUCACUCAAAGGUGAAUGCUGGAGUCUUAGAGAAGAAUUAAGUUGCUUUAUAUUUAUUCAAAUCUAUUGAUUAAUUGGAGAUAGUCAAUACAAGGGUAAUAGCAAAUUUUCCAAAAGGACACGGAGUUUUAUUAAGCAAAUAAUGCUUUAAAGAUUCUGAAGAGAUGGCAAUUAUAGAUGACAUAUAAGAAUACCUCUAAAAAGCAGAUCCAGAUAAUUAUUAUAAUUGUUCAAUCACUCCAGAUCAGGCAUCAUCUUUUCCUUCUGAUGAUCUCCAAAUUUCAAAUUUCGUAGGAAUCUAAUAUGAUACUACUGCUGGAAAUAAGAAUGUAACUUAAUUCUGGUUUGAAAAAAUAUCUUUUAACUUUGUGUACGUACUUGCAAUAUACAGUUACGUUGAUUUCAUGAGAUUCUCAUUGACGACUUAACAGGUUAUCAAUAAUCCUAUACUUCAAUUUGAUAAAUUUACAAUCAAUUAUAAAUAUAUAAAGUAACAAACUAAUGACCAUUAUUAGAUUUAGACUUUUUCACUUAAAAAACCUGAUUUACAGAAUUAUUUCGUUUUUGCAGCCUAUGAAGGAGAAUCAAAUAUAAUAUUUGUAAUCGCAAAUACCAUCAAAUCUAUCCAUUAUGAGACCAAAUUAACGACUUCAGAAAUUGAAUUUAUUAGUUUGGAUGAAGAAGUGGGCCACUCUUAUACAAUUCAAAUCUAAGCAACAACCAACUUGAAAUAUUCAGUUAUUGAAAUUUUAAAAAGUACAGUCACACCAGAAAUUAAAUACAUUCCCUUACAUUUUGGGGUUCAAUUCAAAACUAUUGAUUUAGAUCUUUACUUCAGCUUGGAAAUAACUGAGAAUGCUAACUUCUAUAUAAAUCUGAAAUCAUUAUGGGUGAUAACUUCAUAGGGAGCAAAUCUCCCUAUGAAUCUAAUCUAACCUUAACAAGCUUUUAGCAAACUUUAAUUAUUGAAAAUCCAAAAUAGUUUUAUUACCUGUAUGUUAAAACUUCCUCUCGUGAAGUAAGUGAAUCAUAUCAAAUAAUGUAUUAUCAACAGAGUUCCUUUUUUGCAACUAUUCCUUGGCGAUACAUUUUAUGGUUUGCUAGAAGAUUAAAAAACCUUAUAUUUUUUCUACUAAUCAAUCUAAAAUAGCAAAUAAAUAUAAAUUAUUGUAACAUAUUAAUCUGAAUAUAAUAAUAACAACAAUCUCUAAAUUUAUAUCAGUAGCAUUAACAAAUAUCCUGAUUAAUUUAAUUAUGAAUACCUAAUUAAACCAAACUCCAAUCACAUAACCAUUCCUAACAUCAUUUAUGACAGCAUCCUAUAAAUUGGAGUUUACAGCAGAGGAUCCAACAAGUACACCCUUCUAAUUCAAGAUUCUGAUUCUGCGAUUUUAUUAAAAGAUAAUAUCGUUUAAACAAGGCCAAUCUAGAACUAACAGCAUUUCUACUUUUACUAUUUAAUUCCUAAGAAUAUCAUUAAUCCUAUUAAGAUUUAAGCAAUUACUAAAUUCAAUUUAAUCGAAUUAUUGUGUAAUAUUGUUGAUUAUGACUCUAAUAAUAUAGAAAAAGAGAAUUACCCAACUUUUUCCAAACAUGACAUAAAAGAGUUAUUUAGUGCCAGUCCAUCCAAUAAAUUGCUUUUCAUAAAUGAAACCAAUCUAAUGAAAUGCUAAAAUUAAGGCUGCAUCCUGUUAAUAAAUGCUUAUGUAUUAGGACAUUUUGAUUAUUUCAAUGUCAUGGUAUCCUCAAAAUAUACUGUCAUUAGAAAUCUAGAGAUGAUUAUUGGAUAUGCCAGCUAAAAUAGCAUGUCUUAUUACUACUUUGAGAUUAGCGAAGUAAUAAUGGAUAUCCAAAUUACUGUUAGAGCAUUAUAAGAAUGUAAAUGCGAUAUUUAUGUCUAGAAAUCUAAAGGACAAGAUAAUAUCCUUUAUCCUUCUAUUGAUAAAUACACUUAUAAAUUUACAUCAGAUACGCUAACAAUCUCAGAAAAGGAUAAUAUAGGACAAUAUAUGAUCGGUGUAACGUCUCAAAAUUGCAUCUUUGAAAUAAUGUUACAUCUUGGAGGUUUCUAGUUGCAUUACAUUCACAACGGAUAAUUUGUUGAAACUUCAAUUAAUGAUAACGUUUAAUAUUAUUACUUGAAUACCCACUAAGAACCAUUUCGAAUAAUGAUUUAUAAUAUGAGGAACAUCAUUGCCUCAAUAAGGAUUGAAAAUAACAAUGAAACAAUGGAGUUGGCUAAUAAUAGUGAUCUUUUUGGAGGAAUAAUGUAAAUUGAUAAGGAUGUAUGCUAAUCUUGCACAUAUAUUUUAUCUCUUCAUCCAAUUAGACCAACUGCAUUAUCUAUACUUCUUAUAUAUAAUAAAAUUCCAUUUUCUAUUCCGUAUGGUAGAAUUUAUUAUGACUAAUGCCUAACUACUUGUGAAUUCGAACUUACCCCAGGAGAGUUGAAUUUAUUUGUCUACUCAAAAUCUAUCACUUUGACUUUUAACUUUAAAAUUAAACGCUUUAUUAAAAUGGAUCUAACCUACUCUAACCACUUGAUCCCAAUAAAUGAAACCUGCAUUUUACAAAUUGGGAAGGAUGCUUAUUAUUCUAUCAAUCUAAGCAAUCGUGAAAAUCCAAUCAUUUUAUAAUUAGGUCGAGUAUUCAAUAGCAAAAAUACUAUAAGUCGUAAUUAAUCAUUAUUUAAUUUUAAAAUUGACAGAAUUGAUUAGGAGUAUGUAAUCUAAGUUUCAAGUUAAUCUGAUGUAAUAAUUGAAGUCAUUUUCAAUGACGAGUAAUAAAAUAAAUUAAAGAUAAUUCCAAAAUCAGAGUUAAUCUUCAAUUAAUCAAAGAAAAAAUUCAUUUAUUAAUUUCAACAAAUUGAAUAACCAUACUAAAUCACCCUCUAGUGCAGUGAUAAUUACUAUAUUCUAGUGGAUGCCUAUAAUGCAAAAAAUAAAUUCAAGUAUAUUAAUUUUAACAAUCAUUAUAUUGAAAUAAUUAUGGAGACUUAAUAAUACAAUAUUUAAGCUACUUAUGAAUAAGAAAUGCAAUUUGAGAAAUUCGAUUGUCUAGGAAAGACUCAAUUGCAGAAAUUAUCUCAAGGCAAUUAAAGAGAAACAUAUUUCAAAAUUUAAGUAAUAGAAAGAUCAGAUCCUUAUCCAUUUAAUAUAGUCAGUUUAGUGCCGCAUCUUUAAUAUUCUCACGAUCAAUGGCAUUAAAAGAAUACAAGAUUUGAAAUCAUUAAAUUGUCAAAUGAUUAUUUAGAAGUAACUGUUAAUGCGAUGAAAAGAAAAAAAACUGGGAGUAUGAAUUUAAAUAAACUAAUCUAUAUCAUGCAUUUCUCUAACCAAGAAAACUAUAUGAGACCACUGGGUUGUGAAAUCGAUAUUGAGUUUCUGGGAAGAUAUACUAAUGAUAGUUCUAUAUUUUACAAUACCUCUAUUUUAGAAGUGAAAGAGAAACAGGAAGCUAUACAAUUUAUAGUGCUAAUUAAUAGAGAAAUAAUAUACGGAUAACUUGUAUUUAAAGCUUUUUAUGAGGGUUACGAUAUUCCAUAUACCUACUUUUAUAAUGUCGCUUUAAUUUAUAAUGAAACGAACGAUAUGAAAAUGAAGAUGAAAGAAGAAGUGAAGAUUGAAGAAAUAAAAAUAGAUUAUAUAUUGAUAGUCAUUGGAAUUAGUUUAGCAGUGGGAAUAGGUUUAAUUCUUUUAUGGAUUUACAUUCCUAAGUAGAAAUAGAAAAGAAAAAAAUUGAAUGAGGAAUAAUAAUAUGAAUUAUCAUAGUUAAAGUAAGGAGAUUAAGUGAAUACAACUUGA